AAUUUACAUUAUCUCCUACGUCAGAACUUUAUUUACAUCUCUAUGUCAAUUUUUACUUCCUUCAAUGAAGUUCAAGGCUAACGAGAAUCUAAUUGUGUUGUAAAUACUUUGUAUCAUAACAGUUAUUUUUGAUGUGUAUCGUUGUACUACAUUCAUAAACUACUUUCCAAAUUCCCCACACAUUGGAACUGAAAUGAGUUAUGGAAACUUUUUCCCAGUUCUGCAUUUUAGUUUUUAGUUUAAUGCUGAAUUCAGUUUUGUAAACUGAAGGUUAUUUCAGGUAAUUUUUUUAGUUAUUUAGAGCUGAAUUCAAGGACAAAAUGAAACGAGAUAAUGUGACUUCCAUAAAUUUUUUACAACUAGUUGGCUAAUUAUGUUAGACGAAUGUAAAUGUACGACUGAUCAUAAUCAUGACUAAUUACAAUUGCAAAUACUAGUUAGUAAAAAGAUAUUUCGGCAUUUUGUCAAAUUGUUUGAAGUGGGGAUUAGAAACACAAUUGUUGGUGGUUUUGACAAGAGAGCACUUCUACUUUGGACGUUGAAUUGAGUAGUACUGUGUUACUGGGUGAAACUGGGCCUAAAACCGUUUUUAAUGCUGGUUGGUGAACCAUUACUACUGGUGAUUUAUCGUAGACUUAGUUAACAAAAGGAUUCACACCUCAGGGGAUCAAAGCGAGCUAUUUGUGUCUUAAUAAUGGCUCCUCACAGUUGUAAAGAUUGCCUGCACGCAAGGAUCAUGGCGUCCAAUGGAUACCCCAGUUCUGGUUCGCCGGUGAAGCCCCUUGUACACCACUCACCACCUUGUGAGUCAGUGAAUUCAAUGCCUUGGUUUGGUAUGGACAUUGGUGGAACCUUGUCUAAGCUAGUGUACUUUGAACCCAAAGACAGAACCAGAGAUGAGGCUGAUGCGGAGGUUGAAACUUUGAAAAAUAUUCGCCGUUAUCUUGUAAAAAAUUCUGCAUAUGGUAAAACUGGACACCGUGAUAUCCAUUUGCAGAUGGAUAAUGUCUGCAUAAGAGGUAGGCGAGGAAGCUUACACUUCAUCAGAUUUCCCACUAGUGAAAUGGGUAAUUUUUUGGCACUUGCCAAAUCGAAAGGAAUGGCUACUUUGGUUACAACAGUUUGUGCAACGGGUGGAGGUGCUUUCAAAUUUGAAGAAAACUUUAAACGUGAGGUCAACAUGAGUUUAGCAAAGUUCGAUGAAUUGGAUAGUAUUAUUAAAGGUAUGUUAUACAUAGAAACAACAAACCCACAUGAAUGCUAUUAUUGGUCAGACCCAACAUGUGAUAUUAGGUGUCGAAAAAUACCUUAUGACUUUUCGGACCCUUAUCCCUUUUUGAUUGUGAAUAUUGGAUCUGGUGUCAGCGUAUUAGCAGUGCAUGGCCCUAACAGUUAUAAAAGAAUAUCGGGAACGAGUUUAGGUGGCGGAACUUUCUUGGGCCUAUGUUGUUUACUGACAGGAUGCAAUACCUUCGAAGAAGCCAUUGAUCUCGCGACGAGUGGAGACAACACGAGAGUAGACAAAUUAGUUAAAGAUAUAUAUGGUGGAGAUUACGAGCGUUUCGGGCUUCCUGGAGAUUUGGUGGCAAGCAGUUUUCUCGGUGUGUACAGUUUUGGGCAGAUGAAUUCCAAGGAACGACGGAACUCGGUUUCAAAGGAAGAUCUUGCACGUGCCACACUUGUCACCAUCACAAACAACAUUGGAUCAAUUGCUCGCAUGUGUGCCGUCAACGAAAAGAUUGAGAGGGUUGUAUUUGUGGGUAAUUUUUUGCGUGUGAAUCCAAUCUCAAUGAAACUCUUAGCCUAUGCUAUGGAUUAUUGGUCAAAGGGGACCAUGAAGGCCUUAUUUUUGGAGCACGAGGGUUACUUUGGCGCGGUUGGGUGUUUACUACAAUUCAAUGGUGAUACGAGUUAGAUAUGAUUUCCGUAUGGCGUCAUUUUAUGAAGCAUUCCGUGGUGAUUCUCUCAAAAAUCAUUACAACUAGUCGCACGUCAAUGAAGAUUAGCAGAUGAUGAUUUCUAUUUAUCGAAUUUAGUUUCAAACUGCAAAAACUAAAGUCAGUAAGCAGAAAUCAGUAUUUCUAAUACUAUUAUUUAUUUUCGUUGUCACUAUUACUUUUUCGGAACUCUACAACAAAUACAUGUGUACAAUACACACGUAUUGAUCGUGUUGCAUAAAAUCCGCAAACUCGGGCACAAAGUUUAUCAAAACACAAAUUCAGUCAACUGACCAAACUGUCUAGUUUAAAUUGCCCUUAGCACUAUCUUGCAGGAUAAGUUUACCUUAUUUGCAAAGUUUUUUAGACUACAUUUUCAAUUUAUUGCUGUUACCACACAAUUUCUAAUACCUAUUGUAAAAAGGAAUGAAAAGCAUCUUUCAUUUAAAGGUCGACAAAUUAUCAAACGAAAUGUAUAUUGAAAUUAGAUGAUUUCCCUGUAAAUUUUUUACUAUAUAUUGACAAUAUUUAAUAAAACUCUGUUACCAAGUACUAUUUUGUUAAGUGGAAAUAGUUGGUCAUGUGUAAUACCACGUAAAUUAAUUUUAUCGCUCUUCUUUAUUUUUAUCAGUUUUGUACAAAUGUGCAAGUUUGGCGGAUUUGCCGUCUUUUGAUUUAGAUUGCAGCACACGAUAUUUUGGUGACAGAAGUUUAAACUAGUUUUCACGGAGUUUUAAGGUAUACUCAGGUAAAUUGCUCCUUUUUAUGGGGGCGUUUUUGUGAAUUGACAACGUGAUGCAGAAAAAUGCAUACAGAACUUAUGGUCAGUUGUUGUAACGAGCAGUAUUUUAAGGCGUGAUCUUACCACGUACCUAUGGAAUUUCCAUUUUGAUAGGUAUUGUUUUGUUAUAACAAAAUGUGUUGCUCGUUACCCUAUGUUUGAAAAACUUAUAAAUAUGGCAAUAACUCUACUUAGGCAGGUAAAAUUUCAGACUAUCUAUCAUUCGUUGGAAUAAAGAUCUGAUAGCAACUUUCUUAUCAUGCAAGUGAUUAUUUCAAUAAUUACAUUGAAUUAAUAAAUUAAUAUAUAUUUAUCGUUUGAACGAUUUAUUUUUCUAGUUGGUAAUUUGGUGAAAUUACUGAAUAUCUUGGUUUUAAAAGUAAUUGUUUUCAUGUUAAUAUUUUAUAUGGUUAUUUGUAGCUGUUACUUAUGUUGUCAUCCAUAUAAGAUGAACUUUACCAGCAAUCCUGUUUCAAAGAGUUUACUUACUCCUCCUGCUUCGGGUUGCGACAUCCUUCAUAUAUUUUACAUUAGUUCAUUAGUUUCUUGGGAUCAGUGAGCUACAUUUUCCAACGUAAGUUACAUUAUGAAUUUAUAAAAGCAUAAUACCCCAUAGAAUUUUCAUAGCCAAUUUAGACAAAUAUAUGAUGCCCCAAGAUUUACAAUAAAGUAUUUACAAAUCCGA